AUGCCCCUUGACACAAUAUACCUCACCCGCCAUGGUCACCGUCUGAACUGGACCAUCAAUUACAAAACAGGGACCUAUAUCUCGCAAUUCCGCACCCCAACCGGCAACCCGGCUGACCCUACCCUCACCUCCCACGGCGUGCGUCAAUCGCACGAGCUGGCGGCUCACCUGUCCAGCCCGUCGUUUCACCCGAAGCCGUUCCGCGUCUACUCGAGUCCGUUUUAUCGGUGUCUUCAAACUAUUCAACCCUCUGUUGAAGCGUUGAAGGAGAGGCAGCGGACGCGGACGAAUGAGGGGGAGGGAGAUGGGAAGAUUGAUGAGAAUGCGGUGUUUGAUGUGAGAAUUGAGAAUGGUGUUGGAGAAUGGUUCGGCCCGACCACCUUCUUCCACCACCCAUCCCCCGCCUCCCCAACGAUCCUCCAAACCCACUUCCCCAGCAUCUUAGCCCCCUCAUCCCCAGAAACCAACACAUACACCUACAAACCCAUCCUCCACCCCUCCACGCGCGGCGAAACCAUCGCCCAACUACACGACCGCGUCGCCACUACCCUCUCGGCCCUGAUCGCUGACGCAGACGCCGAGAUCGCAAUCCUAGAAGCAUCCCAGGAUCCAGCGGAGAGGACGAGCAAGGCGCUUCUCAUCUGUGCGCAUGCUGCGCCGUUGAUUGCCAUGGGCAGGGCCUUGACGGGGAAUAUGCCUGCGGAUAGUGGGGAGGAGGAUUUCAAUGUGUUUACGGCGGGGUUGAGUACCUUUGUUCGGAGGGGAAAGGUUGAUGGUGGUGAUGGGGCACUAUCGACGAGGUCACUGGCGCCAGGGACGCAGGUCGUUCGCGCGGACGUCAAAGUACCCGAGUGGCAGGGUGGAAGAGGCGUCGGGGGUGGGUGGGAUUGUGUUACGAAUGGGGAUUGUAGUUUCUUGAGUGGAGGGGCGGAGAGAGGAUGGCAUUUUGAUGGCGAUGAGUCGUUCGAUACCGGUCCUAUGGCGCCUGACUCGGCGUUGCCGACUUCGAGUCAGGAUACGUCGGGGUCGAAUGAGGGUGGGGUUUUGGGGACGACGAAAUUAUAG